AUGGCUCUCGUCUUGCCCGCCGAACCCAUCUUUGAGGUUGGCGUCACGGACGAUUCAUCUUCUAAUGCCGUGUCCGCGACUUCUACACCCCCCACUACUGUUUCCGACGAGGCCAGUCUUCCCUCCGAUUCUCCCAAGCGCGAUGUCGUUCACGUUGUACUCGAAAUUGGUUCUCCCCAAGUCGCGCCUCCCACCUCCGACCCCAUCGAACCUGUAGAGCCCGUAAACCCAGCCAAUCCGCCACCACCUGCCCCCAUGCGCUCCCGCCGCGACCGCGUGAGCGCUCCGGUUUACAAUCUGGUUCAAUUGAGCGGUACAGCUGGUCAUGGAAAGCGACGCGCUAAAGGAGACAUUGUCGCCGAUCGACGACGAAGACGAACCGUCUCUGGCCCAGUCUCAGCCGAUGACAACGGAACAAGUUCUGGCGCAGCUCAGGGCACAACUCCCGAAACCGUCCACAGUGGCAUUGACGCACUGGGAGUCACACAGUCAGCCAGCAAACUUGAUUCCCCACGCACUCGUCGUCAAAUACUGGCUGAGGACACUGUACCAAACAAACGCCCUUCGACGCGUCGCUCCAGUGCCAUUGCGCCCGUCGCAGCUACACCCACCAACAAGAAAUCAAAGAUCACUAAACGCAGUCGCAAGUCCGUCGACAAGGCUGAAACGCCCAUGUCACUCGAGCUUAGGCGCUUGCAAGAUACCAAGGAGUUCGCCCACAUUGACGAAAAGCCUGUAAUCCAGAGCGUGUGGUCAAACGGUAAAUUCGUUGACCCCAAAGCACCCGCGCCCCCAUCUCGAAAGAAGGCCGAGCCCGAACCUACCACCGAGGAGCCCAAGGAAGCGGAACCCGAGCCUGUCGUGAACAUCAGGAAGCGUCGGGUAAAGAAGUAUCUUGACAAGGGUCUCUAUGCAGGCCAGGACGCCCCCAUUGAUAUCUCCAAGGGGUUGACCAUGGGAGAGAAGAAAACCUUGGCUCAGCUUCCUGAGCUUAUUCCAAGCGGUCGUGUCAACAAAACGAUGCCUUUGCCUAUGUUCAAUGGCCUGCGCACACUCAUCGAAGGCCGUGACUUCAAGCUGCCAUACCAAGUUUGCCACCCUCUUCCACCAGGCCAACCUAAGCCUGAUGAGUGGAAGAAGAUGACAAAGAACCGAUUCAUCGGCGAAUCCAAGGAUUAUUGGCGAAAGUCUCCUCACUUCCAUGACUACUCUUCAAAGUGUGUCUGCAAGCCUGAAGAUGGCUGUGGCGAGAGCUGCCAGAAUAGAAUCAUGCUUUACGAAUGCGAUGAACAGAACUGUAACGCUGGUAAAAAAUACUGUACCAAUCGCGCAUUUGCCACUCUCACUGCGCGCCGAAACAGGGGUGGAAAGUACAGAGUUGGUGUUGAAGUGAUCAAGACCUCAGACCGUGGACAUGGCGUGCGCAGCAACCGGUGCUUCAGACCUAACCAAAUCAUCAUGGAGUAUGCUGGCGAGAUCAUUACAGAGGACGAGUGUGAGCGCCGUAUGACAGAGGUCUACAGGGACAAUGAGUGCUACUAUCUCAUGAGCUUCGACCAGAACAUGAUUAUCGACGCAACCACAGGGAGCAUCGCGCGUUUCGUGAACCACAGCUGCAACCCAAAUUGCAGAAUGAUUAAAUGGAUCGUUUCCGGACAGCCGCGAAUGGCCCUGUUUGCUGGCGAUAAGCCCAUCAUGACAGGCGAUGAGCUGACCUAUGAUUAUAAUUUUGACCCGUUCUCGGCGAAGAAUGUGCAGAGGUGCCUUUGCGGCGAGCCCAACUGCCGCGGCGUUCUUGGUCCCAAGCCUCGCGAAGUUAAGCAGCCCAAGACGGAUCUCAAGAAUGUUGUCAAGGGCGCUGUCAAAGCGGGAAAACGCAAGCUUAAGGAGCUUAUCGGAGACGACGGAGACAGCGGCAGCAAGGCAAAGAAGCGCAAGAUACAACCAGCGAAGGGAGUGAAGAGAACAAUCUCAAACGCCGGCUCAAAGGUUGCAAAGGGCGCAGCGACUGCUCUUAAGAAGAGUGUCAAGACAGUGACUACAACAGCUAAGAAAGCUACACUAGGUUCAAAGUCACCUGCAAAGCGACGUGUCUCUACGGGAGCGCUUCUCAAGAAGACGACGACAAAGCGAGUCAUCCAGACAUACUCACGCACGCCCCAGAAGCGAGCAUCGGACCGAGCCACUAGUGUUGGGCUUGUCGCAGCAAGCCGAGCAAAGGGCUCUUCGGUAACAAAGCUGACAGCCAAGGUGACGACCAAGACAACAGCUAGUCUGAGAAAGACGAAGGCAUCAUCUCGAACUGCGUCAUCUCGACAGGCGCUGGAUAUUUCGCGUGACGCAGAGAUCAUGGUGGUGGCAGAUGAUUAA